GGAAUUGUGGGGGUACCAAGCAGAAGAUGCUGCAGGAAGCAGUUACCAUGGCGACGAGAUAGAGGAUGUGAGGAGGGAGAAAGGGAGGAAAAAAACACAGAAUUAGCUGAGAAAAGCAGAAGAAAAGGUCUGCGGGAGAUAAGAGAAGAGGGAUGUCAGAAUCUGGAGCCGGGGGCAGCUCGGUGUACGAUACCAGCUCGCUGCUGCAGUACUGUAACGAUGACGGCCUCUCAGGCCCCAGCGCCAUGGACACCGACGAUCGGAUCACCAACCUGGAGCAGCGUCUGCAGCUCCAGGAGGACGAGAUGCAGGUUCUGAGAGCGGCGCUCAGCGACGCUCUGAGGCGGCUUCGGGUCUGCGAGGAGAGGGGAGAUCCGCUUCGGGGGAGACCAGGCCCGCCUGUGGUGAAGCCGUCCCCCCGCUCUGCACACAAUGGUACGGCCCCGCGCAGGAGGAGCGGUCUCUCUACCUCCCCAUCUUCGCCCAAAAAAGGGGGGACCCCAAUCUUCACAAAGAGCCUCAGGCGCGCUCUCUCACCGGAGCGUCUCUCCUUCUCGAAGCGAGACGGCUCAGACGCCAGAAGCCGAGUGCUGGUACCCAGCAGUCUGAGGAGAGACGGUAAAACCAAGCAGGUCGUCUUCUACCCAGAGGAAGGAGUGGUGAAGCUGUACCUGCGCGGGCGCUCAGUACCGCUCUACGUUCCUGACUCGCUGGUCGCUUCGUACAAUAUAGAGGCCAAAGGGGAGCUUCCGCCGAAAGAGCUGCAGCUGGAAUGGGUAUACGGGUAUAGAGGGCGAGACUGUCGCAGCAACCUCUUUCUCCUGCCGUCGGGAGAGUUGUUGUACUUCGCGGCAGCUGUCUGCGUUCUGUAUGACCCCGUGGCAGGCACGCAACGCCACUACCGGGGGCACACCGACGACAUCAAAAGUCUGGCCGUCCAUCCGGACUCCGUGACCAUCGCCAGCGGGCAAGUGGCCGGCAACUCUCAGGAUGGGAAGGCUCUGCCCCCUCACGUCCGGAUCUGGCAUUCAGUCAGUCUGUGUACUCUCCACGUGCUCGGAGUCGGAAGCUUCGAGAGAGCGGUGACCUGCCUGAGCUUCUCCAAGGCUGAUGGUGGGAGUCAUCUGUGCGCAUGUGACGACUCGGGAGACCACGUUCUGUCCGUGUGGCAGUGGCAACGGGAGCUAAAAGUGACCGAGGUGAAGUGUUCCACAGAACCGGUGCUGGCUGCCACGUUUCAUCCGACGGAGCCCAACCUGAUCAUCACCUGCGGGAAGUCCCAGCUCUACUACUGGAGCAUAGAAGCCGCCCCAAGUGGAGUGGCCGGCGUAGGACCCACUCUGAGCAAGCGACAGGGGGUAUUCGAGAAACACGAAAAGCCGCGUUUUGUCCUAUGUUUGGCCUUCGCUGAGAACGGAGACGUGGUUACCGGGGACUCCAACGGGAACCUGUUUGUUUGGGGCAAAGGCACUCACCGGAUAUCUCUGGCAAUCAACGGAGCCCACGAAGGAGGAGUGUUCGCCCUGUGCGUGUGCCGCGACGGGACGCUCUUAUCUGGCGGAGGGAAGGACGGCAGAGUCAUCUUAUGGGACAGAGAGUACAAGCGUGUGCGAGAGACGCGGAUUCCAGAAUGCUUCGGGCCUGUCCGGACCAUCGCCGAAGGCCGGGGAGGAGAGACUCUUUAUGUUGGGACUACCAAGAACUGCGUGAUGAGCGGAAACCUGGAAAAUGGGCUGACCUGCUUAAUACAGGGUCACACGGAUGAGCUGUGGGGUCUCUCCUCUCACCCCACCUUGGAUCUGUUCCUAACUUGCGGACAUGAUAAACUCGUCCAUCUCUGGAACAGCAAAGAACAUCAGCCGGUUUGGACGACCACGCUUGAGGAUCCUGCCCGAGCUUCGGGGUUCCACCCAUCUGGGGGUGUUGUGGCCGUGGGGACAUCGAGCGGGAGGUUCUUGGUCCUGGACUCUCAGACUCAUGUUAUUGUAACAAGUAUUUCCGAUGCCAGCGAACAGAUCAGUGCGAUCGACUACAGCCCGGAUGGUCAGUAUUUAGCUGUUGGGUCGCAUGACAACUUUAUCUACGUCUACGAGGUGGCCGAAGAGGGGCGAGAGUACAGACGUGUCGGCAAGUGUACGGGUCACUCAAGCUACGUCACACACCUGGACUGGGCGUCAGACAGUUCCAGCUUCAUGACCAACAGCGGGGACUAUGAAAUCCUUUAUUGGGAUCCGGAUUCUUGUAAGCAGAUCGUCAGCGCUGACGUCGUUCGGAACGCAGACUGGGAAAACGCCUCGUGUACCCUGAGCUUUCACGUGCUGGGCAUAUGGCCAGAUGGAGCGGAUGGCACGGAUAUAAAUGCAGUGACGAGGUCACACGACAAGAAGCUGGUAGCUACCGGGGAUGAUUUUGGGAAAGUUCGUCUGUAUACCUACCCCUGCGUGGUGCCCCGGGCACCGAGCUAUAAAUACGAUGGACACAGCAGUCACGUGACUUGCGUUUCUUUCCUGCACCACGACGGCGCUCUGCUCUCCACCGGAGGGAAGGACAGCACCGUGCUUCAGUGGGCAGUCGUGUGACCCCCGCAGAUCUGCAGAGCAUCGCGCUCGUCGUACACGGCACCCCGCGGAGGGUCUUAACCAUCGUCUGGCAUCUAAACCAGCGUUUUGUCUCUAUUCCUCGUGUGUCUCACCCCGGCCUGCAGAGAAUAUUGCACUCUCCCCAAACCGUAGCCUACACCGCGCCCUAUCUGGGUCCUUAGAGCCCCUGAUCCCACCUCUCCGGAGAGCACGGUGAACCAGUUUAUUCUUUGUCUUUCGAUACAGUAUCUCAUCCUCUUAGAAGGAAUCUUAUUGUCUCCUGGGGAGAAAAGCUGUCCAGCUGGGGGUCUGCAGGCUGGGUUUGCUCCUCCAGGGCUUCUCUGCGGACCCCCAAACAUGCCUGCCUGCUCCCGGGCUUUAACGAGGAUCGUUCUAUAUGCUGUAAUGUAUCUCACUAUAGAUUGUAGAGCGUCUCCGUAACACUCCCUGCACCAGAGCGCCCCCUACCGCCCUCCUGCUAUAGAUGAGAUUUUCAGUGGAUGUUUUUAAGAUGCUGCUAUUGAGAAUUCACGGCAAUAAAAUGAAUAAAACGUC